AUGUUCUUAACGGUGCUAGUGCCAGGACCAGAGAAUCCUAAGGCAAAACUUGAUGUUUUCUUACAACCCCUUAUUGUAGAGUUGAAACAUUUGUGGGAUGUUGGUGUGCAUGCAUAUGAUAUCUCAUUGAAACAAAAUUUCCAACUGAGAGCGGCUUUGAUGUGGACCAUUAGUGAUUUUCCUGCAUAUUCAAUGCUCUCGGGGUAUAGCACGGCAGGAAAGUUGGCAUGUCCUUAUUGCACGAUUCACUCGGACGCAUUUUACCUAUCAAAGAGUCGAAAGAUUUCAUGGUUUGAUAACCAUCGAAAAUUCUUGCAUCAAGAUCAUCCGUAUCGACGGAAUAGGUAUGGAUUUCGCAAAAAUACUUUGGUAAAAAAAACACCACCUCCUGUACUGUCUGGACCUGAGAUACUUGCUUCCUUGGAUGAGUUGGGUUUAGUGAAUGCAACACAACCCAAUGCUGCACAGACUAAUGCAGAUAACAGUCAUGGUAGUGGUUGGAAGAGUAAGAGCAUUUUUUGGGAUUUACCUUAUUGGAAAACUCAACUUAUUCGACACAACUUGGAUGUUAUGCAUAUAGAGAAAAACGUGUUCGAAAAUGUGUUCAAUACAGUGAUGAAUGUACCAGGCAAAACUAAGGACACAGUAAAGUCGAGAGAAGAGUUGAAUCAAUAUUGUCGCCGCAUUACUCAAUCAACUUUUACUCUGAACAAGAAAGAAAAAGCUGUCCUGUGUGUGUGGGUAAAAAAUCUAAAAUUUCCUGAUGGGUAUGUGUCGAACAUGGCUAGAUGUGUUGACACAAAGAAGCUUAAGUUGUUUGGGAUGAAAAGUCACGAUUGUCAUUUGUUCAUGCAAAGGUUGGUGCCCGUUGCAUUUCGAGAAUUACUACCGCAAAAAGUAUGGGAGGCAUUGACUGAGUUGAGUCUUUUCUUCAAAGAUUUGACAUCGACCACUAUUAAAAGUGAGCAUAUGAUGAAAUUAGAGAACGACAUCCCUAUCACUUUGUGUAAGUUGGAGCUCAUAUUCCCUCCAAGUUUCUUUGACUCUAUGGAGCAUCUUCCAGUCCAUUUGGCUUAUGAAGCAAGGAUAGUAGGUCCAGUUCAAUAUCGAUGGAUGUAUCCGUUUGAAAGAUAUCUUGGAAAGUUGAAGAAAACAGUUAGAAAUAAAGCUCGAGUGGAAGGCUUUAUUUCUAAUUCAUACGUUGUGGAAGAAGCGUCAUUGUUGUGUUCUCAUUACUUUGAGGACCAUGUUGUUACAAGGCAUACACGAGUGCCGCGCAACGAUGCUGGUGUUGUAAAUGAAAGGGAUGACCAGGAGGGGAAGUUAUCAAUUUUCAAGCAUCCUUGUCGACCAUUUGGAUGUAAAAAGUCACGAAUGUUAUUCGGUGAAGAAUAUGAUGUUGCACACAGAUAUAUUUUGAUGAAUUGUCCAGAAGUUGAGCCGUAUCUGCAAAUUUACGAUGCUGAGCUAAGGCAACGUAAUCUCGGCAUUGGUGACCACAUCAUUGAACAAUUAACAAAUAAGGAAUUCCCUUCUUGGUUCAAUAAUUAUGCUCGCGAUCCUACGAACAAUGUGACCAAUUCAUACAUAAGGGAUCUCGCAAAAGGACCUUUUAACACUGUUACAACGUACCCUGGCUGCUUUGUUAAUGGAUUUAAAUUUCACACGAUUAGCCAUGGUUCGAAUAAAGGCACUAUGAAUAGUGGCAUGUGCGUUAAAGGAUCCAACUACGAUGAUCCCGAGAAGGACUAUUAUGGUCGGAUAACAGAGAUUGUCGAGCUCGAGUAUCCUUCAGUAUCGUCAUUCAAGAAAGUUGUAUUGUUCAAGGGCGAUUGGUUUAUUCCAACUUUGAACGAGGGGGUGAAGAUUCAUCAUGCACAUAAGAUUGUCGAGGUCAAUGAAAAGAAGAAAUGGAAUACAAACGAGCAAUUUGUAUUAGCUUCUCAAGCGAUUCAAGUAUAUUUUUGCGAAUAUCCAAGCUUGAGGCGUAACAAAAGCGAUUGGUUGGUUGUAACAAAAGUCAAACCAAGGUUCAUAGUAGAGGUUCCACAAUCUUUUAAUAAUCAAGAGGCGACCCUUCCACGUGAAGCGUUGCCUUACCAAGAGGAUGACGUGGAACUACACGAUAUAGCAGUUGAUGAUGUCCAAAUCCUUGAGACAGUGAAUGAUGGUGACCACGCUGAUUUAAAUGAUGAGCCAGUUAUGAAAUCAGAAUUUGAUGAAGCUCCAGAGUUGAAUGAUGAGCAAGUUUUGAGAUCUGAUUCUGAAGAUAAAUCUGAAUCGUAUGAUGAGCAAGUCUUGCGAUCAGACUCUGAAUAUGACUCUGAAUCAGAAGAUGAACAAGUUCUUGAAUUAGAUUCUGAUGAUGACUUAGAAUCUAAUGACACGGAUGUAGACUUAUAUGAUAGUGAUUAG